AUGGCACAACGAUCCCUCCUCGCCACGCAACGCCGUGAUGAGAAGUUGCCAUCCAGCGGAGCAGCCGCUGAUGAGCAGCAACAUUGCCAGGCUGGGGUGGAACGUCAACGUCGACGCGGAGGACGCGCUCUCCUCUCCUUGGUCCUUCUCCUCGGCCUCACACUCUUCGUCUUCCCUGCGACGAUUCGAUCCAGCCCCGAAGGACUCGACGAGCGCAUCGUGCGCUGGAUCUUCUCCUCCUCGCCCUCGGUCGCCGCCACAGCCGCAGAGGGAAGCCGUGUAUGCCCACAGGUGGAGCCAUGGACGGGACCCGGUGAAGACGCUCCUCACGUCGAGUAUCCGAGUGCAGAGCAGAUGGGAGAGAGGCUGAGCGGUGCUGUGCAGAUCGACACGAGCGUGCACGACGACGAGCCUCCCCCCGAGGAGGACCCAUCGCUAUGGUCCAGCCGUUUCGAUCCACUCCGCGCCUUCUUCUCUCGCACCUUCCCGCGCACGCACGACGCUGAUGGACCCGUACAACUGGAGCUCGUCCACGCACACGGCCUACUCUACACCUGGCCGGGCCGGAAUGCCAGCCUGAAGCCCCUCCUCCUCAUGGCGCACCAGGACGUCGUACCCGUCGACCCGGCCACGCUGAGCGAGUGGAUCUCCCCGCCAUUCGAGGGACGCGUCAUCAACGAUACGGUCAUCGGGCGCGGAGCAGCGGACAUCAAGUCCCUCGUCGUGUCCAUCCUCUCUGCCGUCGAGGCUCUAAUCGAGUCCGGCUUCUCGCCCGAGCGUACCCUCCUCGUCUCUUUUGGGUACGACGAGGAAGUCAGCGGUCGAUACGGCGGCCAGGCACUCGCUGCGCGCAUCGAGGAGGUGUACGGACGCGACGGAGUGGCAAUGAUCGUCGACGAGGGCAAUCCGGUCGUCUCGCGGUACGAUAGCGCAGGGGUAGGGAUGGACCUUGCCCUUCCAGGAGUCGAGGAAAAGGGCCAAGCUCACAUCCGCAUUCGCAUCGAAGGGACAGGAGGUCAUUCCAGCCAGCCGCCGCCGCGUACCACCAUCGGUCUCCUCUCCGAGUUUGUGGCGAGCAUCGAGCAGGAAGGGGGCGACAAUUUGAAGACGGCGGUCAUUCCCGACCUGGACAGCGCCUACCUCAAGAUGCUCCAGUGCAUCCGCGACGCACCCGCCGUACCUCACACCGUUCGCCAGGCGCUCAAGGCGCUGGAUUGGGCGGGUCGUUCCUCCACCAGCGAGCUCCUUGCCGCAUCCUCUCACUCCCCACUUCGUCGCCUCGUCAUCCACGCCUUUGCGCAUCCUCUCGAUACGCGUAAACGCCAACGCAUCGAGCGAGCAAAACGCGCCCUCCUCGCGGCCCUCCCCGAUCACUUGAAGGGACAGUGGCGUACCACGCAGACGCCGACCCUCUUUCACGGCGGAAUCAAGCUAAACGCUAUCCCACCUUCGGCUACGGUGGAUAUAGAUCAUCGCGUCGCGCUGCACCACGAUGUGCCGUUCGUUCAGCGCUGGUACAAGGAGAGGUUGACGCGUUUCGCCAAGAGGCACGAUCUGGGGCUAGUAGCGUACGGCGAAGAGCAACACCUCGACGGCGGCAAGGCGGGUAAGGUAAUUCUCGAACUCGCUGGCGCACCACUCGCCCCGGCCCCUCGUACGCCGACCGACGCGAGCGAUCCACGCGCAGCACCCUGGCGUCUCUUCUCGUCGGUCAUCCGCUCCGUCUGGCACUCCAACACCUCCUCCUCGUCGCGCCCGAUCCUCGUCGCCCCGCACCAAAUGACAGGCAAUACCGACACGCGAUGGAUGUGGCGCCUCUCUCGACACAUCUUCCGCUUCAUGCCCGCUAGCCUGCUCCCCGACGCCUUGCCCGCGGGCAGCGCAUUCGCGGGCGUGCAUGGAGUGAAUGAGCAUUACAGGGUCGACGGGCUGGAGAGGGCUGUGCGCUUCUACGCGGGAUUGGUUAGGGCGGUCGAUGCGCAGGGCUGGGAUUAA